CGGUGGAGAUGCAUGGCAGCGACCAGAGGCGAAGGUCCAGUCCGCCUCAGUCGGGAUUUGUAACCUCCAUGGCGCACUCGGACGGCUGCGAGUGCGGCGGAGAGCGGCGACACUCCAGCAUCCUGUACAGCCUCCUGAAGAAAGAGAGCGCUCCGUGCGCGUCCGCGCGAGCGCCACGCGGCGCCAGAGUGGCCGUGACGGGGCGCAUCUGCUCGUGCGCGUGCGGGGCCGAGAGACCCGUGACGCUGCGCUCUCCUCACGCCACUUGCACCGCGGCCUCCGCUGUUCUGGCCAAGACGCUGCGCUUCGUGAAGAGCGUGCCGUGUUUCGGUCAACUCCCCCCCGCGGAUCAGCGCGCGCUGGUGCGCAGCGGCUGGGCACCGCUACUCGUGCUCGGCAUGGCGCAGGACGGGCUGCACUUUGAGACGCGCGAGAGCACCGAGCCCAGCAUGCUGCAGCGCCUGCUCACCGGUGCGCACGAGAGACCCUCCAGCCCGCGCCUGCACGCGGGGACCGACAGCGACGGAGGAGGAGGAGGGGUUGCGCUGGUAGAUGCUCAAGCUAUUAAAACGUUCCUCAGUAAAUGCUGGGACCUGGACAUCAGCACCAAGGAGUACGCUUAUUUAAAAGGAGCCAUUCUGUUUAACCCAGACAUGGUCGGCCUGCAGUGUCAGCACUACAUCCAGGCUCUGCAGAGCGAAGCACACCAGGCCCUUAAUGAACACGUCAAACUGAUUCACAGAGGAGACACCACACGCUUUGCCAAACUCUUCAUUGCCCUUUCGAUGCUACGAUCCAUCAAUGCCAACGUCGUGGCGGGGCUCUUCUUCAGACCGGUCAUCGGCGCGGUAAACAUGGAAGAACUUCUACUCGAGAUGUAUUACGAGAAAUAGAAAGGACUGUUGCACCAAGCAGGGACGGAAGCCGGAGAACUUUUUACACAUGCUAUUUUUGUACAAUGUUUCAUGGGACUGUAUCGUCCACUAUUGACUCCAAAACCCUUUCCUCUAUCCAUUGUUUUCUUUGUUAAUUACACUGAUCAGCCAUAACAUUAAAACCACCUCCUUGUUUCUACACUCACUGUCCAUUAUUAUUAUAUUAUUAUUAUAUUAUCAGCCCCACUUACCAUAUAGAAGCACUUUGUAGUUCUACAAUUAUUGACUGUAGUCCAUCUAUUUCUUUACUCACUUUUUUGGGCCUGCUUUCACCCUGUUCUUCAAUGGUCAGGACCCUCACAGGACCACCACAAAGCAGGUAUUAUUUAGGUGGUGGAUCAUUCUCAGAACUGCAGUGACACUGACAUGGUGGUGGUGUGUUAGUGUGUGUUGUGCUGGUAUGAGUGGAUCAGACACAGCAGCGCUGCUGGAGUUUUCAAACACCCAGAUUGACCCAGAUUCAAACACCCAGUUUCAUAGGACGAGUGCCACCUGGGCACAAAGCAGAAAUACACCCUUGACAGGGCAUUUAAUUAAUAAUUAUAAUACAAAUGAUUAUUAUUAUAUUGUUUAAUAUAAUGAUUAUCUUGAUGAUGACAUGGUGGUGGUGUGUUAGUGUGUGUUGUGCUGGUUUUUAAAUACCAUGUCCACUCACUGUCCAUUCUAUUAGACACUCCUACCUAGUUGGUCCAGCUUGUAGAUGUAAAGUCAGAGAUGAUCGCUCAUCUAUUUCUGCUGUUUGAGUUGGUCAUCUUCUAGACCUUCAUCAGUGGUCACUGGACGCUGCCCAUGGGGCGCUGUCGGCUGGAUAUAUUUUUGGUUGGUGGACUAUUCUCUGUCCAGCAGUGUCAGUGAGAUGUUUAAAGACUCCAUCAGCAUUGUUGUGUCUGAUCGACUCAUACCAGCACAACACACACUACACACCACCACCAUAUCAGUGUCACUGCAGUGCUGAGAAUGAUCCACCUUCCUGUCCAUUGAAGAACAGCAUGAAAGGGGGCUAACAAACAUUGUAGAGAAACAGAUGGACUACAGAGUGUAGAAACAAGGAGGUGGUUUUAAUGUAAUGGCUGAUCGGUGUAUUGUUUUGUACAGCUUUAUUAUGAUGUUAGCUAUUUAUUUGAAUAUAUUUGAAUCUAAGAAAAUAUACUAGGACGUUUUAUUGUUACAUCAAUAAUUGACCGCACUGAACUGGCUGGUGUACACAUUUUACAACUGUAUAUUAUUUAUGAUACUUUUAUUCUGCAUUGCAAGAAAAAUGGAUAAAAAAGCAAGCUAUGGCAUCCCAAACAGUAAAGAAUGUAAAUGAACAGUAAAUGUGAAUGUUUCCUGCCAGAAGAGGGCAACAUCAGCACGCAGACCUGAACCCACCAAUACCUGUAUUUCAGCAUAAACAAUUUGCCACAGCAUCAGUAACGAAGAAAGCCGCUGGUGUGGAAACGAAUGUUCGGUGUCUCAGUGACAGGAUUGGGCAUGCUUGGAUGGUGCAGGACGCCACGCCAUAUGUUGGCAUCUGAGAACAUUAGUCAUAGCGGCGUUAAGCAACAGGUCUGGCUGCUGGAGCAGCCGAGCGGAACGUUCAACAGCGGCCUGCCAACUCGACUGUUUCAGGAGGAAACAAGUCUAUAAUAUAAUAUGAUAAUAAAAUGCUCUGAGCAAAAAGAGGCUCAGAUCUCAGAGGUCAGAUCAGGAUGUGGGCUGAGCCCCUGAUCUGCAGCUAUAACAGCCUCUAGUUUUUUGGCAUGACUUUGCCAAUCUGUUGUAUAUAUAUUCAACCAUACCAUUAAAACCACCUCUGUUUCUCUGCA